AUUGUGUAUUGUCAUAGGCACCGUGAGACAGAGCUGUUCUUCUUCGUUUUAAAGUUGUUUAUUUGGUGGAACCUAAAACUUCGCAUAAGUCAUUUCAGUCAGAACAGCCCCCUGUCGACAUGGCUCCGCCUCUUUCGCGGUCUGCCCCGGCCGAGAUCAACCAUUGGUACAGCCAGAUUCGGUUCCGCCUCCAAAACAGGAAGGGCUGGAAUGAAAUGUUGGAUGAGACGUUUCUGCUUCAGGCCAAAAGAGUAAAUGACAUCCCGCUGUUCUAUGCAACUAAGACGAAUAACGUGGGCUGCAUAAAGAAGCUGCUGGACUGCGCUACCACCAAUAUCUUUGAGCGAGGCGCUCUCGGAGAGACAGCUCUACACGUGGCUGUGAUGCAUGACCAUGUGGAGGCGGCGGUGGCACUAAUGGAGGGAGCGCCAGAGCUCAUCAAUGAGCCCAUGACCAGUGAACUGUAUGAAGGUGUAACAGCUCUUCACGUUGCCGUCAUUAAUCAGAAUGUUAAUCUGGUCCGAGAGCUGAUCGACAGAGGGGCUGAUGUGACCUCACCCAGAGCAACAGGGAUGUACUUCCGCAAGAGGAGAGGAGGACUUGUUUAUUACGGCGAGCACAUCCUGGCCUUUGCUUGCUGUCAGGGAAAUGAAGAGAUCAUUAACUUAUUGGUAAAGGCUGGAGCAAACGUUCGAGCUCAGGACUCACUGGGUAACACUAUUCUGCACAUUUUGAUUUUGCAGCCCAACAAAAUAAUUGCGUGUCAGAUUCUGGACCUGCUGCAGGGGCUGGAUGCCGAGCUGGACCCGACAGUGCCGCUGGACAUGGUGCCCAAUUACAGAGGCCUCACGCCUUUCAAACUCGCCGCCAAGAAAGGAAACCUAGUGGCUUUCCAGCACAUGGUGAACCGUAGGCGGAUUGUCCAGUGGAGCCUGGGGUCACUGACCUCUUACCUGUACGAUCUCACCGAAAUCGACUCUAGAACAGACGACAUCUCAGUGCUGGAGCUCAUCGUCUGCAGUCAGAGACGAGAGGCCAGAAGGAUCCUCGAGGUGACUCCAGUCCAGCAGCUCAUCACUAUGAAGUGGAAUCUUUAUGGGAAAUAUUACUUCAGGUUAUUGCUGCUGGUUUACUUGCUGUACAUUGGAACCUUCACUCUGUGCUGUAUGCACCGCCCCCUAAAGGACAUUCCUGAAAACUACACCAAAUCAGCCAUGGAUCAGACCAUCAAAAUUCAGAAAACUCUGAAGGAGAGUUAUGUGACGUAUGGAGAUCACCUGCGACUGGUUGGAGAAAUCAUCAGUGUUAUAGGAGCGCUCAUCAUUCUGCUGUUGGAGAUUCCAGACAUCCUGAGAGUUGGAGCGAAGCGAUAUUUUGGUCAGACGGCACUUGGAGGACCGUUUCACAUCACUCUAAUCACGUACGCUGUGCUGGUGGUGUUCCUGUGCAUCCUGAGGACGAGUGAGAUGCCCGGCGAGACGGUGCUGAUGGCUGUGUGUUUGGUGCUCGGCUGGUGCAACGUCCUGUACUUCGCUCGAGGCUUCGAAAUGCUCGGACCAUACGUCAUCGUCAUCCAGAAGAUCCUUUUUGGAGACUUAACCAAGUUUAUGUGGUUGAGCCUCAUUGCUCUUAUGGGAUUCUCCACAGCUCUGUGGACGGUGUACAUGACUCAGGAGCCGCUCUCUGUCCCGGCGUAUCGCUCUUUCCCCAUCACUUUGUUCUCCGAGUUUGAGCUGACGAUCGGGCUGAUCGACCUUCCGGUGGACCACACCAUCUACACCCACCCCAUCGUCCACGUGGUGCACUGCUGCUUCAGCGUGGUCUCGCACCUGCUGCUGCUCAGCCUCCUCACCGCCAUGAUGAGCGACACGCAGUGGAGAGUGGCUCAGGAGCGCGAUGAGCUCUGGAGGACUCAGGUUGUAGCCACUACUCUAAUGCUGGAGCAGAGGCUGCCGCGGAGUCUGUGGCCGAGGCUGGGCGUGUGCGGUUUGCUGUAUGGCCUGGGAGAACGCUGGUAUCUCCGAGUGGAGGACCGCAGUGACCAGUUUGUGCAGAAGAUCAGACGCUACGCUAACGUCUUCACCAAAAACGAGGAAGCAGAAAAGAAGGAACCUGAGAAGAACGACAGCGCAGACAAACAGACGGACGCUACAGGAGCACAGAAAGACGCCUCGCAUCCCGACAGGAAGUCUGUGCAGUGCUGGCAGAUCCUUCGCAACAGCGUUCUGGGCGUAGAGGUGGACAACGAGGAGCAUUUGGACACUCAUGAAAUGAAAUGCGUUUGAAAUCUGACCGAAGUGUAAAAGAAAUGUAUUUUAUUCAAUGACAACUACGUCAUAUUUGAAAAUCACGUCACAUAGAGACUAAAUUACAGAUCACAGACAAUACAGUGGGAUUUUUAAUCAUGGUAAAAAGACAAAGACGUCUCACCACUUAAUUAAAAGGCAGCUACACUGGCGUUCUUUUAAAUUUAUAAUACAUUCUGUAGGAGAAUUUUAGUGCAAUUUAGUGCAAUUUUAUGCUGUAAAAUUAGUGCAAUUAAAAGACAUCAUUAAAAUAAGCACAAAGCCACUUU